AUGGCUACAAACGCUGCUUCUCUAGCAAACAAUAACCAAAAUUGCACCAAAAAAGAAGAUGUUGUAAUGGUGAUGGUGCCCUUUCCAGCUCAAGGACAUCUAAAUCAGCUCCUUCAUCUCUCUCGUCGCGUGUCAUCGUACAGCUUACAAGUCCAUUAUGUCGGAUUUAACACUUCUAUCGAACAGGCAAAACUUCGGGUCCAUGGUUGGGAUCCUGUCACUGAUACCACUCGUAACAUCCAUUUCAGAGAAAUUCCAAUACCUUCAUCUUAUAAUAUACAAUCUCCUUGUUCAAACAUGUCAAAAUUCAUUGCAUCAUCACUUGAUUUAUCUUUGACCUUGAGAGAGCCAGUAAUUGCAUUUUUAAAUGAACUCUCUAGCACAACUAGGAAAGUGGUUAUUGUUUAUGAUAGCUUAAUGGCUUUUGUGGUUCAAGAUAUAGUUUCUAUACCAAAUGUCUCUGCCUAUUGUUUUCAUGCCGUCUCUGCUUUUACCACAAGCUCCAUUAUUUGGCAAGGCAUAGAAAAAUUUCUCCAUCUUCCUACAUGUCUUGGGAAAUGUGCAAGGAAACUUCUUAAAAUUCCAGAAGAACUUCCAUCCCUUGAGAGUAGUUUCACACAUGAGUUCUUGGAUUUUAUUAGCAUGCAAGAUAAGCAUCAAAAUAUUUGCUCUGGAAAUAUAUUUGAUACAUGCAAAGUUGUUGAGGGGCCCCAUCUUGAAAUUCUUGCAAAAUUACAUGGGCUACUAAGAAGAGGCAACCAAUGGGCUCUUGGUCCCUUUAAUCCAAUCAAAAUACAAAAAAAUUCAAAAGAUCAUUGUCACAAAUGCUUGAGAUGGCUUGAUAAACAAGGACCAAACUCAGUGAUAUUAGUUUCAUUUGGAACAACAAGUUCUUUAUCUAGUGAACAAAUCAAAGAGCUUGCAAUGGGAUUAGAAAAAAGUGAUCAAAAGUUCAUUUGGGUAGUGAGAGAUGCUUUGCUAGGAGAAGGCAAAGAAGUCAAUAUCCCAAAUGGAUAUGAAGAAAGAAUACAAGGAAGAGGGAUUAUUGUAAAAGAUUGGGCACCCCAAUUUGAAAUCUUGGCGCAUUCAUCAAUAGGCGGUUUUAUGAGUCAUUGCGGAUGGAGUGCAUGGAGAGACUGGGAGCAUCACGAUGAUUUGAUUACGUCAACAAUAGUUGAAAAUGCUGUUAGGAAAUUGAUGGAUUCACCAGAGGGAAAUGAAAUGAGGAUGAGAGUCAUGGAACUUGGUAAAAAAGUUAGAGAAUCCAUGAAGGAAGGUGGUGUUUCUAGGAUGGAGAUGGAUUCUUUCAUUGCUCAUGUUACUAGAGACUAG